AAUUUGCCCUCUGUCCAAGACUGUCGUCAUCAUGGUUAAGCAAAUUGCUGGUUCCAAGGCUCUUCUCCUGGGUUCAGGCUUCGUCACCAAGCCUACCGUCGAGGUUCUUAGCAAGGCAGGCGUCGAAGUUACUGUCGCUUGCAGAACACUCGAGAGCGCCAAGAAGCUUUGCGAGGGAUUCCAGAACACCAAGGCCAUUGCCCUUGAUGUCAAUGAUGCCGCUGCUCUCGACAAGGCCCUGGAGCAGGUCGACGUGGCCAUCUCCCUGAUCCCUUAUACUUUCCACGCCCUAGUGAUCAAGUCUGCUAUCAGGACCAAGAAGCACGUCGUUACCACUUCUUAUGUCUCCCCUGCCAUGAUGGAGUUGGAUGAAGAGUGCAAGAAGGCUGGUAUUACCGUUAUGAACGAGAUUGGUCUGGACCCGGGUAUCGAUCACCUGUAUGCUGUUAAGACUAUCUCUGAGGUCCAUGCCGCUGGUGGCAAGAUUACCUCCUUCCUCUCCUACUGCGGUGGUCUCCCUGCCCCCGAAUGCUCCGACAACCCGCUCGGUUACAAGUUCUCCUGGUCUAGCCGUGGUGUCCUGCUCGCGCUCCGCAAUGCUGCCAGAUUCUACCAGGACGGCAAGGACAUCAGCGUUGCCGGGCCCGACCUCAUGGCCACCGCUAAGCCCUACUACAUCUACCCUGGCUUCGCCUUCGUCGCCUACCCCAACCGUGACUCCACCUCCUUCCGCGAGCGCUACGGCAUCCCCGAAGCCGAGACCGUCAUCCGCGGCACCCUCCGCUACCAGGGCUUCCCCGAGAUGAUCAAGGUCCUCGUGGACAUCGGCUUCCUGAGCGACGAAGCCCGUGAUUUCCUCAAGACCCCCAUCGCCUGGAAGGACGCCACCAAGCAGAUCCUCGGCGCCACUUCUUCCUCCGAGAAAGACCUGGAAUGGGCCAUUGCCUCCAAGACCACCUUCGCUCACAACGACGAGCGCAACCGCAUCAUCUCCGGUCUGCGCUGGAUUGGCCUCUUCUCCGACGAGAAGACCACCCCUCGCGGCAACCCCCUCGAUACCCUCUGCGCCACCCUCGAGGAGAAGAUGCAGUAUGCCCCCGAGGAGCGCGACCUGGUUAUGCUCCAGCACAAGUUCGGUAUCCAGCACAAGGAUGGUUCUACCGAGGUCCGCACGAGCACUCUCUGCGAGUACGGUGUUCCUGGCGGUUACUCUGCCAUGGCCAAGACCGUGGGUGUUCCUUGCGGUGUUGCUGUCAAGCUGGUGCUUGAUGGUACUAUCAGCCAGAAGGGUGUUCUUGCUCCCAUGACCUGGGACAUUUGCGAGCCUCUCCUCAACGUUCUCAAGGAGGAAUACGAUAUUGAGAUGAUUGAGAAGACUCUGUAAAAUAUCGGAUGUCGUCUCUUGGAGGUUAUAACCUAUAUAAACAUACAUAUGUGCUGAGAAAAAUUCUGGUAGAAUAAAAGGAAUCUACGAAAGUAUGAAUUGAAAACAUAACAUGGACUUUUUUUU